CAGAAUAUGAGAUCAUAUCCAACGUUCACGUAAACAUGAGUGUCCAGAGCGUCCUGAUGCUUUUCCACUGACGCUCAUUCAACCCUCAGACCUGACACCGUACGUUCAACCAGCAGGAUCCCAGCUGGACGUCUUCAUCUAAAACUCGGUCUGGAAACCUCAGAACAGCGUCUACGUUUCAAGUACUCGUUUUUUUGGCUGUAGGUCUGAUCUCGAACAACUGCCACCAUGGAUCCUCGGUUAAAAAAGGAACAAAAAAAUCCACAACCGAUCGAAUGAAUGUUGAAGCCGAUGUUUUACAGGUUGAAGAUGUUGGUGCAGAACUGAGAAGCUGUGGGACAUUUUUAUUUCGGUCGUAAUACGUGGAUUAAAAACUGAACUGCUCUUCAACAUUUAAAGCUGGAUCUAAACCUACAGUUGAACGUUUAAUGUCAUGAGGCCAAAUGAUUCCGUCGACUUUGGUGGAAGACGCUUCAGAUAAAAGUUCACAUCAGCCUCAAGACCGAGUUUGUCAGUUGAGCUCUUGAACGGAAAUGUAAAAACUGGAAAACUGAGCAUCCUAAAACACCUCUUCCAAACACGUCAGCACAGAUGUUUAUGUAAACUGCAGAAGGUCGGAUGCCUUUUCGUCCUGUAGAUGCUUUCCUUUCCUUCUUUUUCUUCUUCUUGGACUUCUUUUGGCACUUGGCGAACGACUGAUUUCGGUUUCAGAACUUCUACUUCUUCUUCCGUUACCUUUUGAUGAUGACAUCCCACUUUUCGUUUGCUACAAACAAGGAACAGUUUUAACGUUUUGACGUCAGCUUCGCAUUUUCUCUACGAUUACACAGAAACGCAGCUGUUGAAUGUCCAAGAUGAAGCUGCAGUGUGUGUUUCUCGCUGUCGUUUUGCUGAUCAGUGUUUCUGCUCCCAAUGAACGUCCAGACUUUGGUCACAAUGACGACGUACAUCCCAAUGUUUUCAUGGACGUACCCGACGUCCACAGCAACAUGGACGUACCGGACACCAACACCGAGACCAACUGGGACGUACAGGACAUAAACAAGGACAACUACGAGGACGCAGACUGGCAUCCUCCGCCUUCCUUCCCGGACACUUCGGACCUUCCUCCUGACGACCCGCCGCCGAUACGAAGCAGCGCCGACCAAACCCGGAAUAACGACAGUUCGACGUCUCUGUGUGGCGAGUAUGGCGGUCAGGUGACCUCAGACGGACGAUGCCGACUCGUAGCCGCGCUGCCUCCGACAGGAAUGCCGCAGAAACGCUGCCCGGACAUAUUUCGCUGCACAGACGACAUCUCCUAUUGGCUCCGAGAAAACCAAGAAGGGAGGGACCAGCUGGAGGAGCUGAAGGAGACGAUGUCGGACCUUCAGGAGGAGCUGAGGAUGCACCAGCACCGAAUCCAGGCCCUGGAGACACAGAGUGAAGACGGCGUGACACUCAACGCCACCUUUGCCCACCGGCUGCGCUCCCUGGAGACGCGUCACGCCCAGGCCGACACGCUGCUGCACGUCCACGCCGCACUGCUGUAUGAGCUGCAGGCCCAGCUGCGCAACCUGUCGGCCGCCGUGCGGCACGUGAGCCGCAACAGCGACUGUAAGGUCAACGUGGUCCGAACGCCACCACCACCGCUCAGCAUGAGAGACAAGCUGUUACCAGACAGACACUUCCUGUCCUUCUGUCCGUCAGACUGUGCGUCUCUGUACCAGAAUGGCGUCCGGCGUUCGGGGGUGUACACCAUCGUCCUGUCUCCGGGGACGCCCCUCCCAGUCUACUGCGACAUGGACACAGAGGGUGGAGGUUGGACCGUGUUCCAGCGGCGCCGUGACGGCUCGGUGAGUUUUAACCGCGGCUGGACCGAUUAUCGAGACGGCUUUGGUGAAGCACGUGGAGAACACUGGCUGGGAAACCAUCAGCUCCACCUGCUGUCCAACCAGGGACACUACAGCCUCCGCAUCCACCUGCAGGACUGGGGCCACGCCCACAGACACGCCCACUACAGCAGCUUCAGGAUCGAGGAUGAGGAGAACCGGUACCGGCUCCACGUGUCCGGGUUCAGCGGGACCGUGGAGGACUCGUUCGGCUGGUACCAUAACCUGCAGGACUUCAGUACCCCUGACACCGGGGACAUCUGCGCUGAGAUCAGCCACGCCGGCUGGUGGUUCCACCAGUGCUUCUACGCCAACCUGAACGGAGUCUACUACCAGGGUGGUCAGUACUCCCUAAAGGCCCAGAACCUCCUGGGUCCAGAUGGUAUCGUCUGGUUCUCCUGGAAGGACUCAGACUUCUACUCCUUAAAGGCCGUGUCAAUGAUGGUCCGACCAAACAACUUCAGGCCCCGCCUAUCACCAUAGCAACCAUCGUGACAUCCCUGAGACACGCCCUCUGAACGCUCCACCUUCAGAACCCAGAUCUGGGUCCAGAUCCCAGUGAUCCCAGCUCUUCGUGGCCUACACUGAUCUGGGUUUUUGGGUUCUUCUGGGUUUCAACCAGGACCUUUGCAGUAAAAAGGAUGUUUUUUAAAAAAUUAUUUAUUACUUUUCCACUUGUUUCUACCAGUACUUUCAUCCUGUGAUUAUAUAUACAUACAUA